CUUAACCAUAAGGUGGAUGACUCGUUGGACAUAUUUGAAAAUCAUGUGGAAUAUAUUGUACAUAUUGGUUUGCAUAAGUUUGACAUUUGGGACAGGAAAAGGUGAGGAAUGUCCGACACGUGGAAAGACAAAACAGAUGCGAUGUAGGAAUGGUAACUGUAUACCACUAGAGUGGAAAUGUGACGGCGAACGAGACUGUGGACCACAUGAUAAUACGGAUGAAGCUAAUUGUAAACUUGCAGGUGAUAACUGUGCACUGAUUCCCGGAAGAUAUUUUCGAUGUGAACGGUCUGGUUCCUGUAUUCCUAAGCAAUGGCGAUGUGAUGGAGAUAGUGACUGUGGAUCAGGUGACAAAACAGAUGAAAACAAUUGUAGUGAAUUAUUAGGAGAAUGCAGUAAAUCAUCAUUCAAAUGUGAUAACCAUAAGUGUAUACCAAGUAAAUGGCAAUGUGAUGGACAUCAAGACUGUCUGGAUCACAGUGAUGAAACUGACUGUUUUGUUGAAGGUAAACAUGUUAAAAAUGUAUAA